AUGAAAGGUUUGACUGAUAAGAAGAAAAUUGCUCAGCUCUUGUGUAAUUCUAUAGGUAGUGAACAUUAUAACAACCUAUCUGCAUUUUUGGGCCCAGACAAGCCACUCAAAUCAUUAGAUUAUGAAACUCUGUUGAAUGACUUCAAGAAACUAUUGACUCCAAAGAAAAGUGUUGUUGUUGCUCAACAUUAUUUCUUAAAUAUCUUUCAAAAAGAAAACCAGUCAAUUUCAGAGUUUGUGGCCGACCUCAGACGUGAUCUUCAAGAAUGUGAAUUUGCAGUAGAAUGCUCCAACGAUGAAUGUGGAACAUCUGUGUCAAUUGCUGAUGUUUUCUUGCGGGCACAGUUCAUACGAGGAUUGAAGGACAAUUGGCUUAGGGAACACCUUUUACAAUCCGUUUACACAAAGUUUGAUGACAUUCUAGAGAAAGCUAUUGCUCUUGAAGCAUCAAAGGUUGAAAGCAAAGAAUUUCACCAACAUGCAUGUUCUAACAACUUUAAUAUGGAUUCGGCUGGAGUGCACAAAAUUACAAGGUCUUCCAGACGAUCCCACCAGUUCUCUAACAAUCGCUCAUCCAACAAGACAUCUCUCAACUGGAAACAACGUUCAAAUAACAAAAGACCUGACUUCAAUGCCCUCGGAAUAGAAGGCCUCUGUCUUAGAUGUGGAAGUAACAAACACAUUGCUGCAAAUUGUAACAGACACAAGUAUAAACUCCAAUGUGGGGAGUGUUUAAAACGAGGACAUGUCUCUGCGGUCUGCAUAACUACACUGAUGUCAAGGACUAAGAAAUCAACAUCAAAGUUAAAUUCAACCAACAACCUACAUUCAGGAUCAAAUGAUGACGAUUAUUCUAGUGACGACUCUUCUGAUUACGGAGUGCACAAAAUUGAUUCGAUCUACCAGAACUUUGAUGUCGUAGAUUUAUUUGAAGUUGGAUAUGAUUCAGACAAGUACAUUGUUUCUGUCACUAUAAAUGGAAAAUUGCAAUGUUUUGAAGUUGACAGUGGGGCUAAAUUUUCUCUCCUUGCGAAGAAUGUCUUUGAACGUCUACAUCUGAACGUACCUGUAGAACCAUCAAGGCUAGCUUUCCGUUCUUACUCUGGAGACAUAAUCAAACCAGAGGGAAAGGUAUCAGUUUCUGUAUCAUACAAGGGUAAACAGUUCAAAGGUGACCUUCACAUCGUCCCUUCAGGUCAUGAUGCACUUCUAGGGCGCCAAUGGAUCCGAGGACUGGGUAUUGAACUGUGUGAAAUUGACGCUGAAAUGAACCGACCAGCUACUACCCUUCAAUUACAACCAGUAAAUUCAGUUGAGGAACUGUUUGAAAAAUUUGCGCCAAUUUUCGAGCCAAAAAUUGGAUGCGUUCCAAACUUUACAGUAUCAUUACAUCUUCGAUCAGGAGCAAAGCCUAUUUUCAAUCGUGAACGGAACGUACCUCAUGCUCUUAUUGAUCAGGUCAACAAGGAACUAGAUUUACUUGAAAAUGAAGGAAUCAUUUCGCCUGUUACGUCAAGUGAUUGGGGGUCACCACUAGUCGUGAUACCUAAGGCAGAUGGAAGUGUUCGUCUCUGUGUCGACUACAAGUGUGGUGUGAAUGAACGAAUAGUCCAGGCAAACCAUCCUAUUCGAAAAAUUGACGAUGUACUCGAUAGUUUGAGAGGAUCUCGUUACUUUUGUAAACUUGAUCUGUACAAAGCUUAUCUGCACCUCAAGGUCGACGAAGAGUCCAGUAUUAUCCAGACAAUGUCAACACACCGUGGAACAUAUCGUGUCAAUCGUCUAAGUUUCGGAAUAAAGACAGCACCUUCUGAAUUCAACCGAAUUCUUACACAAAUUUUGAAGGGGUUGCCUAAAACCGAGGCCUACUUUGAUGACAUAAUUUGCCAUGGCUCAACAAUGGAUGAGUGCAAAAGAAAUCUACAGGCCUGUCUUCAACGACUCUCAGAUUUUGACUUACACAUAAACAAACAGAAGUGUUCAUUUUUUCAAGAACAAAUAGAAUAUCUAGGACGAGUGGUGGAGUUAAACAAAAUAAAGAAAUCUCCUACCAAAGUUCAAGCUGUUAAAGAAAUGUCACGUCCAUCAAAAGUUGAAGAAUUACGACGAUUCUUAGGAAUGGUUUCUUACUACUCUCGUUUCUUUCCAGAUGCUUCAACUGUCACUUUUCCUUUGCGACGUUUGUUACGCAAAAAUAAGAAAUGGGAAUGGACACCAGAAUGUGAAAAGGCUUUUCAACUAAUCAAAACUGAGCUCUGCAGUAACAGGAUACUCGUACCUUUCGAUCCAAAACUACCGUUAGUCCUCACCACAGACGCUUCACCUACUGGACUAGCUGCAGUUCUUAGCCACUUAAUAGAUGGUACUGAGAGGCCAAUUGCUUACGCCUCACGUUCACUCACUGAUGCCGAAUGUAACUAUAGUCAACUAGACCGGGAAGCAUUAGCCAUAGUUUUUGGUGUCUCCCACUUCUAUUAUUACCUAUUCGGGACUCAAUUUCAACUUGUAACAGAUAAUCAGCCAAUAUCUAGGAUCUUCAGACAUGACAAGGCUCUACCACAAAUGACUUCAGCUCGUUUACUCAGAUAUGCAUCAUAUCUGUCAGGUUUCAAUUACAAGUUGGUGUUCAAAAAGGGCAUGGAAAAUAAAAACGUGGAUUGUCUUUCAAGAGCUCCUCUUACACAGACUCACUCUACUAAAGACAAGAAAAUCGGAAAAGAGGUACACCAAAUCUGCAGCCAAGUUAUUUUUCAAAUUUCAAGCCAUGAAAUCACAGCUGAAAUCAUUAAGAACGAGACAGCCAAAGAUCCAGUGCUCUCUAAGAUUUUGAAAGACCUACUCACCAAUUCAACUGAUUCUGAUUUUACGUUGGUCGAAAACAUUAUUUUCCGGGGAGAAAGAGUUUACAUUCCAUCACUACUUAGAAACAAGAUUCUAAAUGAACUUCACGAAAGUCAUCUUGGAAUCACAAAAAUGAAACAGCUAGCACGGCGCUAUGUUUACUGGCCAAAUAUUGACAAGGACAUUGAGCAUCUUGUGAAAGGAUGUGAAAAUUGUGCACUAACACGGUCAAAUCCGCCCAAAGCUCCCAAUCACCCGUGGGAAAUUCCAAAAGAGAACUGGGAAAGAAUACACAUUGACUACGCAGGACCGUUUCAAGGCUUCAACUUCCUCGUGUGUAUUGAUGCUAGAUCAAAAUGGGCGGAGAUAAAAGUAAUCAAAGAUGCACCAUCCAGCUCCAAUACCAUAAAUCUGCUUGAACAGAUUUUUGCAACACACGGCUACCCGAAUGUUAUGGUAUCUGACAACGCCUCAAUUUUUCAAAGUGAUACAUUCCAAGCUUAUUGCAAAUUGCACGGCAUUUUCCAGAAAUUCAUAUCUCCAGGACAUCCAGCAACAAACGGCUUAGCAGAACGCUCUGUUCAAACAUUGAAGAACCGCCUGAAGUCCACAGCUUCGGAAAACAUACCAAUGGCAAUAAAGGUCCAGAAGAUCUUAAUGCGGUACCGGGCAACUCCUCUAGCAUGUGGCAAAUCACCGGCUGAACUUUACCUCCACAGGAAGUUAAGAAUACGAAUGGAUGCCAUUUUUCCCAACGUACAAAAAGCUUCAACUAGAAAUGCUCCAUCUGCACGUUCAUUCAACGAGGGGGAGAGAGUUCAGGUUCGUCUCUUCAUAAACAACAAGAACGUUUGGGAGUUUGGAGAAGUAAACAAAAAGUUGGGAACUCGACACUAUCUAGUUUCCCUUGACAAGUCAGGCCGACUUGUUAAACGACACAUUGAUCAAUUGCGGUCUACUUUGAUACCAAAACCAAAAAUUGUUACCACGGGACCAAUCCACAUAUUUGAUGUUCCACGAGCUUCUAAACACAGCACAAAAGAAAAUUCUAAGGCUGUUACUUGUUCUAAUCCUGAAAGACUGUCAAUUCCUGAAAGACCAUCAACUCCCUUAAGACCAUCAACUCCUGAAAGACCAUCAACUUCCGUAAGACCAUCAACUUCCGAAGGACCAUCAACUUCCGAAGGACCGUCAAUUUCCGAAAGACCACCAACUCCCAAAGCAAACAAUGCAGAGGUUCCAGUAGUUCAGGGAACAGAAACGAACAAUAGCCAUAUUCCUGAGAAUCAAGAAAGAUCAAGGCGACAAAGGCAAAUGCCGGGCCGAUACAAGGACUUUGUGCUUUCAUAA